UUCACUUGUAACUCACCCCUGCGUGAAGUGCAGGGCUGGGGUGGGAGACCCGCUAAAUCUGAGUCCACUAAUUAGCAGCUUUUAUCAUAGAACUGAAAAAUCAAAAUGCCCGAUCCAACUCCGAUCUCCGCGAAUCCGACGGAGCACCUUGUGACUGAUCUCCUCGAGUCAGGUCUUGUCGCACACAAAAAAGAUCAGCAACUGGAACCAGAUUGUCGUGAACAACUCUCUUUUUGUUCGGAGAGUGGUGGUGCCUGCGGAGCAGUGACAGAGACGACCGAUUCUUGCGCCUCUAAUUCAGUGCGCCUCCCAAGCGAUGAAAACGUCGCAGAACAAGAAGGCACGCAAAGCGAGAUCGCUUCUGCAGCAGAUCUUCAUGAACCAGGAGAACCUACCAGUACGAUAUCUUCCUCAACGUCAAAACCACUACAGGCGUCAUCUCCUUCCACCUCUCCUCCAGGGAAGACGUCGAUUGACGGUCUUUUCGCCGCUUUCGAACAGAGAUAUAUAGACAUGAUGAGUACUGCGAGAGAGGCGUUUGGGAAAUUACGGCAAUCUAGCUUGUUCUAUCACUAUCACUAACUACAUGUAAAUCAGUACUGCUACUACUUUACCAGGAUAUAAUAUUUGUAUAUAAGGCCGCUUUUUUUAGGAGAGACAUACAUCAUAGUUGGUAGUUGGAAAUGAGCUGCUUGUCUCAUGGAGUUGUCACCUGCUCUCCUUUAUUUCUUAUUCUCUCUUUACAUGUUUUAUACCUUUCAUUUAUAUCACUCUCAUUGAGUCACCUCUCCUUGAAUUCCUCCUUCUAACUCACGAGGAUAUCAAACCUGAAAUCGAUAACGCGGAUUUAGACGAUGCGUGGACACGAGUCAACGUCAAGGAAGACCCUCUUACUGGCGCAGUCAAGGUUUCAGUGGAGAAAGUUGACGACGUUUUAGAGGACCAGGAGAAGAGGAUGAAGAGGAUGCUGAUGUCUGAGAAUGAUGCGGACACGAAUGUUGAAUUAAGGGUACUAGGUUACUAGGGAAGUUGCUCCUCUGGACCCCACGUGGCAAAUAUAGUGGGCUAGGAAGUUCCUCCUUACUGCAACAAGAUUUUUUUAGCUUCCUUGACUAUUUUGAAAACGAGGAAGAGAGAAGAAAAACACUCAAGCAGCCCGAGAGGCUCAAAGAGUUGCAACGUCGAACGCGAACGAGAAUAAGAGCGAGGAUGCUGAAGGAGGAUGCUGAAGGGUACUAGGUUAUCAAGUAGGCUUUUGUUACCGUUUGUUAUGGCUCUCAGGGGGACCACGGCCAUAACGAACGAGAUUAUAAACGAACACCAAAAAAGAACCGGAGCCUCUAAUCGAAGUAGCAAAACAAAAGCAAAAGUUUUUACCGACCUUUGUACCUGCUUCGAGGACUGGAGGAACUUUUGUAUCUGCUGGUGGUUGCAGUUCAAGUUCCUCUUCGCAGGAGAUGAAAGUAGUGCUGCCUUGGAAUGAGGUGGUGCCAAGGAGUGAUGUCGGUGUUGAGUACUAUCGAGGAAAUCAUGGCGACAGAGUAAGUGUUUUCGAACCAGAACCUUGGCAUCACUUGAUAGAAAAAGCAAGGGGAACAAGCACUUGUUCAUGUUCAACAUCUUCUUCUAGUACUUUGCAUCAACAGGAGAUAUAUGAAACCUGCGCUCGCAACGUUAUUCGAGAAGCAAUCCUAGCGGGAGUAGAGGUGAAAGAUCACGGCACCGUGUGUGCAUAUGGCUGUGGCGUUUUUGCGAAAAGGAAAAUUCUGAAGGGAGACGUCGUCAUGCACUAUCACGGAGUGCUGAUAUGUAAGGAUCCUGCGAAGCAUGGUUUUGGGGGUCAUAAUGCGGCUGGAGCGUUGAUGCCUUGCUUGCCCACCUCACCAUCUGCAGACGAUACGACCACGACGUCAACAACUACAACGUCAACAACUACAACGUCAUCUUCAUCUUCCCACACACGUUGGCUUGGUCGCAUCAACAAUGCGAGAAAAAAUUCUCCUUGGGCGAAAAUGGCAUUCGAAAAUGUGAAUCGAUCCGACCGCGCCUACCGCUACAUGCUCGAACUGGACGCUUUUCACAAUCUAGAUGCUGGAACAGGCGGCGCUACGCCAUAUGCGGCUUAUUUUUAUGGCUACUUGCUUCCACUGAAAGACUAUUAACUUGGCUCUAUUGUUAUAUUUUUUUGUCCAACGAAACUGAAGGAUCUUGGUCUUCUUCGGUUCAAAACAUUAUUUAGCCUUAGCGUGCCAUAAGCAUUUUACUUAUAGCAUCUUUCUUAGACUUACUGGCCAUACUGCUCAUGAUCGCUAUGCCAGUCAUCGUUACAUCAACAAUUUCUAAUCCAAAGCCGCCUACUCGAACAGCUGCCGGGAUUUUCCAGAGCGAGAAAAUAUGAUUGUGCUGACAGACCAUACAAAGGGACUGUGCGCUUCUGCAGUUCGGUUCGUCGCGUCGCGACACAUAGAGACUGGGGAAGAAUUGUUGUGGGAUUAUGCUUAUGCCAAGAGCAAAACAACUACAUCCACAACUCAUCCUCUAGAGGAAGAGGCCCUUCUAGAGGAAGAGGCUAGUGGGACUAAGUAUAGAGAUCCGGUUUGGGAAGAGAUAAAACGCUUGAUGAAGACGAAUGAUGUGACAUGAACAAAGAUUUACAUGAAGACAGAUUUACGAUCCGAGGAGGUAAGCAACUUCUCUAU